UCUUCGGAUCUAAAUUUCUGACCUUGGCAGACAGUCACUUGAGAUGUGUUACCUGCGGAUGGAGCAGAACGGAAGCCGCGGGACAAAGUAGCGGAUUCUUGACUUCGGGAAAGGGCCCCUUCCUGGGUUCACGCAGCUGCGUUCUGGUCUGGGGUGGAACGCGCGCCCAGCCCUUUGUGUGGCUGUGGGCCGAGGCCACAGCUCAGAAGACGAGCGAGCGUUGAGGGACGGCGGGGCAGCCGAGCCCCUAGUAGGGCUGUCGAGCGCGGGCUCCUGCACCAGGACAGAACAAUCAGGUAAAUGAGUGAGGAGGUGGAUGGAGGUACACAACACCUGUCAGUCUCCUAAGCAGCCUAUAUCUAUAUUAAAGACCACUCCCUGCUGUGUGAAUGUGCGGCUGCUAUUGUUGUUGAUGAUGAUAAUGAUUUAUGUAGCCCAGGCUGUCUUAGAACUCCUAGAGAUUCUGUCUCAGCCUUCCUGGUGUUUGGGUAACACACCUUCAUGCUAUUGUGAAUUGAGAGGGAAAGAAAGGGCAACAAACAAGUCUCUGUGUCUUUGUGCUUCCCUUGAAUCUAGAGAGGAGAACUAGAAAUAAAAAUUUCAGAGUGAACAAGGAACUUAAAUGUUGUUGGGUUAUUAUCACUGUGCUGUACAAGUGAUACUGGACUCAUGCUGCCAAAACUUAAGAUAUGGUGGGAAAGUCUUACAUAUUCAGACAACUUGUACUUUGGGUUUUGAUUUAACUCGUCCUUAGACUAGUACUAUGUGGUGUAUAGGGAUAGAUAGACACUCUGAUAUUCCUUAACGCUGGGUACUAGUCACAGUCUGCACUUUCCAGACAGCUAGUAGAUCAGGAAAGGAAACAAUACACUCUUACAGUAUACUUAGUACUUUGUUACUAAGCUAUGAGGUUCUGUAGGUAGGUGUAUUACUUGCAUUUCUGACCUAAUGAUAUUUUCAGCUUAAGAGGUCAUCAGAGGCUAGCUCCAUUGUAAAUAUUGUGUCUAUAUAUUAAACAUUGAAAUCAGUAGAGUUUGGGGUAUGCAUAAGGUUCAAUGGUAUAGCACUUGCUUAGCAGGCACAAGCUCCUAGGUUUGAGCCCCAGGAUACGUAUUCAAAUCACAGAAUCUGUGUUUUAAUUUCUGGUUCUGGAAGAGAUAUUUACUCUCGUCUUUCCAAUUGAAAUCAAGUCAUAGAGGAUGAAGAGACAGACUCAAAGUGGUAUGUGACACAUUCAGGUAUGUACUUUUCAGUGAUUCUGAUUCUAGAAUGAAGCCUUACUCUCCCAUGGAUCACAUGUCCUAGAAUGGAUGACUUAACGCUCACACUUGAGGUUUACGAAAAUGGAGCCAAUUUUCCUCACUUGAUACUGCUGAGAAGGCUCCGUCUCAGUGCAGGAAGCUAGUGACUGGGUGCUACAGAAGCACUUCUUCCUUACUCUCUCCUUUUGCUGAUAUUAUAUAUUUUUCUCAAACCUUAGAUUUCUAGAAGUGGGCACUUACAAAUUGUGGCUAGAAGCAGUCUGGAAUAGAAGUCAAACGCAUAGGACCAGCCUGGCAUUACCAAACAAUGGCAGCUAAGAAACAGUCUAAGUCUGCCCAGCGAUCCAGGACAUCAGUCAGUUAUGAAGACGUGGCAGUGUCUUUCACCCAGGAAGAAUGGGAAUAUCUGACUUCCACACAGAAGAACCUUUACCAGAAAGUGAUGUCAGAAACCUUCAAGAACCUGACUUUCGUCGACAGCAAGAAAAAACGUCAAGAACCUAGCUCUGAUCUGGAAGAUAAAGAUGAUGAUGGGGAGAAGCCCUCCACUUGCACAGGGGUAUUCAAAGGUGGUCCAUUUUUUUUCUGUCUGACCUGUGGCAAAUGUUUCAAAAAGAACUCCUUCCUCUUUAAUCACCAGUUUCCAGUGAGGUCCCGGAGGUUGGCAGUCACAAAUCCACAAAUCCGCAAAGCCCUUGGCCCCAAGCCACAAGCCCCUGGCCCCAAGCCACAAGCCCCUGGCCCCAAGCCACAAGCCCCUGGCCCCAAGCCACAAGCCCCUGGCCACAAGCCCCAGCAUCGUGGAGAAAGGCCUUUCUUUUGCAAUCUCUGUGGCAAGACUUACCGUGAUGCUUCUGGACUGAGCCGUCACCGACGUGCUCAUUUAGGUUAUAGACCCCGUUCAUGCCCUGUGUGUGGAAAGUGCUUCCGGGAUCAGUCUGAGGUCAACCGCCACCUGAAGGUGCACCAAAACAAGCCAGCGCCAGCACCAGCGCCAGCUCCAGCGGCUGGCAACCAGAAGCGGAAGAGUAAGGUUCCACCUACACCACCUAGUUCCCAAGCAACCGCCCUCAAAUAUGUGAAAGUGAUCCAGGGACCAGUGGCCAGGGCUAAGGCACGGAACAGUGGCUCCUCAUCCCUGAACGUCAGAUCCAACCCUCUUACAGUGAAUCGCGCACGAGAAAAGAUCUCUUGUCCCUAUUGUCGCAUAACUUUUACCAUGAGAACUUGUUUCUUAAGCCACCUCAAGAUCCACUUCAGGCGUCAACCCAACCAGCACUUCUGUUGCAGAGAGGCCCACUCAUCCAACACACUCAGGAUGCAAAAGAUCUACAAUUGCCCCGUCUGUGACAGCUCCUUUAGGGGAAAGGAGAGCCUGCUGGAUCACUUGUGUUGCCGGAGACCAAUCAGAUUUAGUAAAUGCUGGGAAAUCCUGGGUCAUUUACUUGGCUAUCUUCGUGAACCGUUGGUGCUGGGAAAUAGUUUAAGAGUAAGGGAAUCUUCGAGGGAAAAGAUGGAAUCCAGGAAGAGAAGGAGGAAACAUCCAGGCAGAGAAAAUCCUGAAACAGAAGGCCUGUCUGGGGAUGGUGAGGUGGCAGAAAUGGAGGUUGCCACCAACCCUGACCCCAUGAGUGUGAACCCUGAGACCCCUGUGACAGAAGGAAGGAACUGAUUCCUGACCUCCCACAUGCCCAUGCACAACCCCCUCUCCCCACCCCACAAAAUAAAUACAAUUUUUAAAA